CUGGGACCGGGGGCAGGACUUCUGUCCAAGUCGGAGUAGAGGAAGCCAAAGUACCGGGGAACACGGAGGCAGAUUACUCACACAGGCCGUACCCGCAGUUAUCUCCAUCGUAUGAGAAUUAGUCAGCUGUGAAAAUGAUCCAGUGUUUGCAUGCAAUGCUGUUUCUGUCGGUUCUGGUGGCCUUCGCCGCCUGCGACGCUCCUCCGGUACCGUUAGACGACAUCCUCAUUGAGAAAACAUUCGUGCCAGAGCAGUGUGUGCGCGCAGUCAAAGUAGGCGACUAUGUCAGGUAUCACUACAACGGCAUGUUUCCGGACGGAAAAAAGUUCGACUCGAGUUAUGACCGUGGCACCACCUACAACGUGUUUGUUGGGAAGAAGCAGCUGAUCGCAGGGAUGGACAAAGCUCUGGUGGGGUUGUGUGUCAACGAGAGAGUCCUGGUCAAGAUCCCACCUCACCUCGCUUAUGGCAAACAGGGAUACGGUGAAAUAAUCCCUGCCGACGCAAUCCUCCAUUUUGACGUCCUGCUGCUCGACGUGUGGAACUCAGAGGAUGGCGUCCAGAUCAAAACCUACCACACCCCCUCCCCCUGCUCCAGGAAGGUGGAGGUGUCCGACUACAUUCGCUACCACUACAAUGGCACCCUGCUGGACGGGACCCUCUUUGAUUCCAGCCACACCCGUAUGCGCACCUAUGACACUUACGUUGGGAUCGGGUGGCUGAUUGCCGGUAUGGAUCAGGGGCUUCUGGGAAUGUGUGUUGGAGAGAAACGCAUCAUCACUAUGCCCCCGUCACUGGGAUAUGGAGAGAAUGGAGAUGGUAGCGACAUCCCGGGUCAGGCAUCUCUGGUGUUUGACGUCGUGCUUCUGGACCUCCACAACCCCAAAGAUGGGAUCACAGUGACCAAUCAGGUGGUGCCCGAGUCCUGCACCAGGAAGACCGUCACUGGAGACUUUGUGCGCUACCACUACAAUGGCAGCCUCCUCGAUGGAACAUUUUUUGAUUCCAGCUACUCUCGUAAUCAUACCUAUGACACCUAUGUGGGCAAAGGCUACGUGAUCGCCGGCAUGGACGAGGGUCUGAUUGGAGUCUGUGUCGGAGAGAAACGCACCGUCAUCAUCCCCCCACAUCUCGGCUAUGGGGAGGAGGGCACAGGCUCUAAGAUCCCUGGUUCAGCUGUGCUGGUGUUUGACAUCGACAUCAUCGACUUCCACAACCCGACAGACAACGCUGUGAUGACCACCGUCCACAAGCCAAAGGAGUGUGAUAAACAAACCAAGAAGGGAGACUUUAUCAAAUAUCACUACAACGCCUCUCUGAUGGACGGCACAUCCAUCGACUCUACGCAUAACUAUGGAAAGACGUACAACAUUGUUUUGGGAGCCAACCAGGUAGUGCCAGGGAUGGAGGACGGACUCAUGGAGAUGUGUAUUGGAGAGAAAAGACAUCUUGUCAUUCCUCCUCACUUGGGCUAUGGGGAGAGAGGAGUCGCUGAUGAGGUUCCCGGGAGCGCUGUGCUGGUGUUUGACAUUGAGCUGGUGGAGCUGGAGGAGGGACUUCCUGAGGGCUACAUGUUCAUCUGGAACGACGACGUGUCCCCCGACCUCUUCACUGAGAUGGACACUGACAAGAACGCGGAAGUAGAGCCCUCUGAGUUCACUGACUACAUCAUGCGUCAGGUGAGCGAGGGCAAAGGCCGUCUGGCUCCUGGCUUCGAUCCUAACCGCAUCAUUGACAACAUGUUCUCCAACCAGGACCGUGAUGGAGACGGAAAGAUCACAGAGGCAGAGUUCAGACUGAAAGCAGAUGAAGCCCCUCAUGACGAGCUAUAACGGGAUUGAGAGUGAAACUCAGAUCAGGGUGUAGGCUGAAGGGCUAGACAGCGGGAGUGUAAAACACAUGUGGGUAGUAGAGUAGAAAAAAAAUUGGGUUGUGUGUGUAAAGUAAGCGAGUGUGAGUCGAGAAAUGUGCUGCAAGACUGUUUUUUUGUUAUAUUUUUAGAUAGUGUUCAAAGGGUAUCUUGUUUCGUAAGUGCCAAAUGAGAAGAAAGAGGAAGGAUUAUUUUUAAGCUUUAAAAUCGAAAGAAAACACCUCAUUUUAAGUCUGUGAUGACGAUUCAUUUUUUUUUUACCUCCUCUCCCAUCAAGUUCUUGUCUUGUUUUAUGUGACUCUAUUUUUAUUUUUAUAUUGAAGGGUACAAAAGCACUCGUGUGUGAAAGAACAAAACAAUGCCUCACUCCAUAUAUCUCUACAUACAACAAUCCUUCCCGACUUUUAUUGUCGUUAAUAUUUUGCAUUUUCUUUUCACUGGGUAUCAACUUGUCUUUGAAAUAUCUGACAGUCUUCCAGGAGCAAUACGUCGGCGAUAAGUGAGAAUUUUAUGUAAGAAUAUUUGUUUUAUACAUAGUUUGCAGCUGACACCUUUCACUGUUUUACCUUUAAAUGUCAGGAUGCCUUCUAUGUUUUCUGCUGUUAAAUGUUCCAAAAUAACGCUGAAAGGUCAAAAACCCUAAAAUGUUGUCAGGGGAUUUACAGUCUUUCAAUCAGGUUUGAUUGGUCAAUUCGUUUUUCACCUGUUUUGUUCUUCAUUAUAAUGUCAACACCUGGUUGCAAUGUAAGACUUUGUGUGUAUUUGUGUGCGUGUGUGUGUGUGUGUGUGUGUGUGCUUGAGUAUGUGUGCGAGUGUGUCUGUGUUUUUCUUAGUAAGAAAUACAGAGAAAAUUGUGUAUGACUGUUGCUGUUUUGCUUGAUGAUGACAAUGUCGACACAAAGUUUGAUUUUAUUAAAUAACCUGACCUAAA